GUGACGUCACAUUUGAUGUAGUCGCCAUCUUCGAAUGUACAAAAUUUCUAAUCCUGUUUAGGUGAAGAAGGGUGUUUCUUGUGAAUGUUUCUCGCGGCUGAACAAUAAAUUAUGGUGUGUUAAAGGGCAAAAUUAAGUGAAUUAGUAAUUAAAUAUGACAAUUUUACCCAAAAAGAAGUCUGGACAGUCGAAAAAUGAAGGGGAAGUCUCUGAUCCUGCAACUCAUUCAUAUCAUGGCGAACGCCAUGGGCAUCAGAGUCAUUCUCAGGAAAACAGAGAACGAUUUGCAUUUUCUGGGAGAAAUUCACCUCCAAGGUGGCCGCCACCACCAACAAGGGAUGAUAAAAGACCAGCUCAUCCUUCUAGUUCAAAUUUUGAUGAAUAUGAUAGUGUAGAUGGUGGACCUAGUCAUUCCAAGCGUCGUCAUAGAGCUUCACCCCAUCGAACCACUCGGAAAUCACAUUCUCAUGUUCAUGGCCAUUCACAUACGGGGCAUUCUGGACAUAAUCUCCAUAGGACAAACGUAUCUCAAGCUUUUUCUAACCCUGGAACAUCACAGACUGGUCAUAAUACUUCUCAAGAAAGACAAAAUAAUCAAGUACCGCUGUUGGAGGUGUCAGAAGAAAAUGAUCAUUCUGGUUAUAAUAGUGGAGAUGAAUACGAUAGACCAGUUGAGAUGUGGACAGAGGAAGAACUUGAAGAGAGAGAGAAAAUUUUUGAAAAGAAAAUGAGAAAGAAGGGAUAUAUCAUAAAGAAAAUGGGAGAAGAUGGGGCAUGUAUGUUUCGUGCAGUAGCUGACCAAGUAUAUGGUGACCAAGAAAUGCAUUCAGUGGUCAGGAAACAGUGUAUGGACUACAUGGCAAAAAAUGCUGACCAUUAUUCUCAGUAUGUGACAGAAGAUUUUGAAAAGUACAUCGAAAGAAAGCGUUGUGACCACAUUCAUGGAAAUCAUGUUGAGAUGCAGGCAUUGUCCGAAAUUUUUAAUAGACCCAUUGAAGUUUACCAUUAUAGCAUUGAACCAAUUAAUACCUUCCAUGGUAUGCAUAAAACAGACAAUGAACCCAUCAGAUUAAGUUACCACAGAAACAUCCACUAUAAUUCCAUUGUUGACCCAUACAAGGCAACUAUCGGAGUUGGACUGGGACUCCCAGCUUAUAAACCAGGGGCUGCGGAGAAAAGUUUGAUAAUGGAUGCCAUAAGGUCUUCAGAGAAUCUUCAGUUAGAACAGGCUAUGCUAGAAGAUAAACUUCGAGCUACAGAUUGGGAGGCUACAAAUGAAGCCAUAGAAGAACAGAUUGCAAGGGAAUCUUAUCUUGAGUGGUUAAGAGAAAACGAAUUGAGAACAAGAAAAAAGACCCCAUCAGCAACAGAAACAUCAAGUUCUAGUCUAGCAACAGCUGAUGGAGCUACCUGUGGAAACGUGUCACCUUUAGCAGCAGGUAGAACCCCUCCUCGUAUCCGUGGAAACAACUCAGCUUCUAACAGUCCCAGAAUAGAUAAUCAUGGAGAAGAUAAAAGCUGUAGACCACCUGAUAAAGCUGUUAGUCCAAAAGCUGGAAGUUCAGGUAUGGCUGGAGGUCACAUGGAUGAUCUGCUAGGACUUGAAGCUGGUGCUUGCUCAUCAAAUAGCUGUGCUACAAAUAGUCAAGAAGGUUUUUCACUUAUAGAAACAGCAACUUUCAUGAAUAGGCUUCCUCCAUCAGUCUUUGGAUUGACAGAAUGGGAAGACUCGGACAUACUUGCUAAAGUUUUAGCGCAGUCCCAACAGGAGUACCUUGACUCGUUGAAACGGUCAGCAUCAAGUACUAGAGAUGGUGAUCAGCCCUCUAGCUAACAAAGUCUUUGUACAAAAUUGUUGUUAGAUCCAUGAUGGUAUAAUUUCUUUUUUCACUAAAAUCCAAAGACAGAAGUUUAUGCAUUUGCACCAAUAACAUAUUUUCAAUAUUUUAAUAGGUUUUCCCCACCCUACUGAAGAAAAUCUAUAGAAUUCAGGUGCGAUUUGGUUUUCAAAAUUUUGUGCUUCAUUCUCUAAUUCAGUAUUUGAAUAAUUUACUAUUGCUUGAAAUUACAAACAGGCAGGAAGUAAGAGUAAAACGACAUAUUUUAGAAGUAAUGCUUCAGAAGUGGUAUUUCAAUCAGUUUUAGUGGGUUGGAGAAAGAACAUUAAACACUCAUUUCAUUGUUAAGUACAAGUAAUGAUUACCUUCUAUUUUGUUUCUUGUGCUAAAAGUAAUGCGAUUGGUAUUUAUGCUAUCCGAAUAAUGUAAACCAAACACCAAAAGCGUCAAUGAAUUGAGUAAGGUUUCCCAUUUUGUAAAUAUAGAAGAUAAGAGGAUUAUUUAAUAAGAAAAGAAACUGUUAGAAGAAAACGUGUAGAUUGUUUUUCAUCUUUUUCCAUUUUAUCAUUCUAAAUAUUAUACGCCUGCUAUUUGCUUUUUUCUUGAUUUUGUGUAAGAUUUUGAAUAAAUUCCAUGAUUGGCACAGAAGGAUCAGUUUUAUGCAAGUUUCAACUGUUCCAAGGUUUAUAAUGAUGUUUGUAAAAAAAAGGGUCAACACUGUAACUAUCUUCAUGUAUUAUGUAUGGGAGUUAACUAUGGAAAAAUAAUCAUAUUGAUACAGAAAAGUCAAAUUGUGGAAAGCAUUUUCUAUUAUUCACUUAAUCUUUUAAUACCCGGUUCAAGAAUGCUUGAACUCCCGAGUGUUUAAAGCCGUCCUUUGUGAGGAGAAUUGUGAUAUUCAAGAAAGAAAAGUGUUAAGGUAUGGUAAUGAUCACAAAUCUGUUUGGUACAGUUUUCUUUUUCGGUUGCUUUUAUUCUGUUUAAUUUUCUUUUUCUCUUAUUACCUCCUUACAGCAUCAUUACAUCCCAUAUCAUUAGUAUAGAAGCCAAUGCACGCACUAAUACUGAAGGACUGACACUUAUGAAAAAUUAUUAAUACUGUUCUGAAACUUGAUCCACAUGUGUUGUACGACUUCAAAUGUAGUGUGAUGGUUUUCGUUGGUCCUACCUUUAAUACCACUUGGUUUUUAAAAACUGGAGUCUGAGGACUGAACGAAAAUGUGUUUGAUCUUUCAAGAUGCUUGGUUUGCUAGCACAUAGAGUAAAUUACAUUAACAACGAAGUACGGUUAAUAAGGAUUUCUUAAUACAGGUCAUCUGAGAGUUAUGGUAUGGUGCUCUUUAACUAAUAAAUUAUACUUUCUCCAUCCAGUAAAUAAUAAAUGAAUUGGCAAUUGUAAGUAUAAUUACAAGAUUUUAGAAUGUACUAUUUUAGUUUCCAUAUUGCUACUUCUAGAAUUUAAAAGUAACGGAUGCUUGGAGUCCAACGUUUCAUAGGUAAUGGAUGUAGUUUUUAUUAUCAACAUGAAAGAAUCUUUGUGGUUCUUACAUUAAUGUGUUGUUUUUGUUGCUAAAACCAAGUAAAAAAAGGGGGGGGGGAUAUUUUUAAUGAUGUUGUACUAAACAUGCCGAAGAAUACAAGUAUGUAGGUGUGUGGUAGUAUUAACCUUGUUGGAAUAUAAACUUUGUGUUAUUAAAAUUUUAAAUUUUCCUAGUAAAGAAACUGAGAACCAUCAUUAUAAGGACAUAAGACAUUGUCAUGCAUCCACAUUUAUAAGUAACUUUAAUGCCACUGAAGUAAUGGUAUCAGCUUAUUACCAUACAAGAUAAUUUGGACUGCUGUAGGAGUCUGGGUUUACUUUAUAUACAGACAAAGGCAAAGUUAUGUCAUACAUGUUACGUAUUGAUUUGUGAUCGAGAAGAGUUGUCCCACACUAAAUGUUGUAGAAGGAAGAGGGGAUGCUUCUGCAUUUUUAUACUGUGAUCUUGUUAAAUAAAGGUGUUCGAGGGGGGUGCUCCUUGUGUAAUGACUUUGAUGCUUUUAUAAGAAUAAAGUAGUUUUUGUAUGAAAGAGCUAAAAAGUGAACAAGAAUUAUUGUCAAUGUUGUAAAAGAGUUGUAUGAAAUAAAUGUAAGAUAGGGAUUCUGUCUGUCCAUCUGGAUGUCAACAGACGAAAUUUACAAAUUAAAUUUAUUUACUUUAUUUAACGUGUGACAUUUCCGCCACGUACAUUUAAGAACAAACAUUCUGGAUGUGUGCCAUUAGCGGAGGAGACUUACAAAUUCAAUUUAUUUACAUUAUUUAACGUGUGACAUUUCUGCUGCGUAUGUUAAAUAACAAACAUUUAACUGUCUUAUCAAUUAGAAUGUUACAAGAAUUUCUUCUUUGGAACCGUUUGAGAAAAGCAUUUUCCAUGUUAAAAAACAAAAAACAUAUCGCUUGUUGGUAGAAAAGUGGAAACAUAAAAUCUCUAGGUCUGAAACUUAUUUGACUACAUUAGAUUAUAGUGUGUGAAUUUGUUUAAAGAACAUUUUGUAUAUAUAUAUAAAACAUAUUACUUCAAAAUCGUAAUGUUUAGAUAUAUUUGUUAGUUUUUGUAAAGUGGUUGGUGAGAUAUAGAUGUGGUAUUUUUCAGUUACAAAACCUGAAAUUGAAACAUUUCGGUGCAAGUAGAACAUUAUACGACAUGUGAAUAAUAGCUCAAGUUUUGUUGUUUUUUAAAGAAAAAAAAACGUUAUUUUACAACACUGUUGAUUAUAUUAUUAAUUGGUAAUUGAAAAAUAUCAUACCUACUUUUUAAGUAUAGGUGUAAGUUCUUCACAAAAUGAAUAAAAUUGUGUGCAAAAUUAACAUCUUUGACCACAAAAAGUGUACAUUUUACUUUAAAAUGCGUAAGGAAGUUUAAAAAGAAGAAUGAGUCACGCUAGUUUUCUUUCUGUAAAAAUCAUGUUAUAAAUUAUGACAGAGAAGAGGUAAUUUGUGAAACCAAAAUGUACCUAAGGACUUUACUUGUACAAUAGAGGCUUUUGUUUUAUAAUUGUAUAACUCAAUUAUUUUCAAUAAACCAUCCAAGUGAUGAA